AUGGCUGUCGUUGCAAAGCUCCUCGGGGCGAUCUUGGCCGCCAACUCCCUCACCGCGGUGAGCUCGCAGUCCAAAGACGAGUACGACCAUGUCAUCGUGGGCUUGGGCCCGGGCGGUGGCUCCCUUGCAGCAACCUUGACCGUGAGCAGACACUCUGUCUUUCUCAUCGAAGCCGGCGGCGACAAACCGGAAGACCCUUUGCAAAUUCUGCCGAUCCUAUUAGUACCCUCAUAUGGCCAUGUCGGUUCCGCCCCUGAAUAA